GGAGUUUGGCGGGAGGUCGCUGCAAGCCGGGCGUAGGCCGCAGAGGUCGCGAGUUCAGGCGUCCCGACUCCCGUGUGGCUGUCGCGAUGUUUUUCUCCCAGGCCGGGGCCCGGCCGCGGAUGUGGGAAGCCAGCCAGUCAGAGCACAAGAAGUGGGUGGAAGUAUUUAAAGCAUGCGAUGAAGAAAACAAAGGCUAUCUAAGCAGAGAGGACUUUAAAGUUGCUGUUGUAAUGCUGUUUGGAUACAAGCCCUCCAAGAUAGAAGCUGAUUCUGUGAUGUCCUCAGCAGAUCCAAACACUUCUGGGAUAUUACUUAAGGAGUUUUUAGACAUUGUAAGGAAAAAGAAGGAAGUUCAACUAUAUCGGAAUGAAAUAAGACACAUCUUCACAGCUUUUGACAGGCACUAUCGUGGAUAUUUAACUCUGGAAGAUUUCAAAAAAGCAUUUAAGCAGGUGGCUCCCAAGUUAUCGGAAAGGACUGUUCUCGAGGUAUUCAGGGAAGUCGAUCAAGACUCAGAUGGUCACGUCAGCUUUAAAGACUUCGAAUAUGCCAUGAACUAUGGACAAAGUCCAAUCAUGGGAAAAACAGCAGACAAAUCCUAAUUCAGAGACAUUCUACAAAACACCUGACCAGCACUUCUCAAAACUGUCAAGGUCAAAAACAAGGAAUGCCUGAGAAAUGUCACAGCCAAGAGGAGCCUAAGGAGACAUGACAGCUAAAUGUAAUGUGAUAGCUGGGAUGGAAUCCUGGAAAAGGAAAAAUACAUUAGGUAAAAACCCUGGAAAACUGAAUAAAGCAUGGGCUUUGGUUAAGAGUAAUGUCAAAAUUGUUUCAUUAAUUAUAACAAAUGUAUGAUACUAAUGUAAAAUGUUAAUAAUAGGUGAAACUGGGUGUGAGGUGUAUGGGAAAUCUGUACUAUCUUCACAAUUUUUUUUUGUAAAUCUAAAACUGUUCUAAAAUAAAAGUUGAUUUUAAAAUUUU